CCUGACGCCGCUCUCCCCCGCAGCGUGAAGCUCUGGGACCUGCCCCAGCAGACGGUGCUGAGCUCCUACCGAGCUCACUCGGAUGCAGUGACCUGUGUGGCUUCCUGCCCUGGCAAGGACACGGUGUUCCUGUCCUGUGCUGAGGAUGGCAGAACUUUGCUCUGGGACACCCGGUGCCCGAAACCAGCGACUCGAAUUGUUUGCAGUGCCUGUAAUUACCUCCCUACCUCAGUCAUGUGGCAUCCACAGAAAAGUGACACCUUUGCUUUGGGUGAUGAAAGUGGAACAGUUGCACUAGUAGAUACAAAGAAUCCUGAUUCUGCCCUCAGCUCCACUGUGCACACCCGACGUGUCACAGGGUUUGCAUUUUCUGCACAUAGCUCACCCUUCCUGGCUUCCAUCAGUGAGGACUGUUCAGUAGCUGUUCUUGACUCAGACCUCUCCGAGGUGUUCAGAAGCCGUUCCCACCGAGACUUUGUGAAGGGCUUGUCCUGGUCUCCCUCAGACAAUGCCCUGCUCACCACGGUGGGGUGGGACCAUCAGGUUUUACAUCACACUGUCCCCAUACCAGCUGGUGAAGCUUCUGGAGUCAACUGUGUAAAGGAAUAGUUUUAUAAACUCGUGGUCCAGAUUCCUUCCUGGCAUUACUUUGAUUCUGCUGAAGUCAAAGUUGUGUGUGAACUGGAGUGGGCAUGGUCUGGUGUCUGCCUUGAAGCUUGUGACUAAGAAGGUUCCUGUAGUAAUUUUGAAUUAGGCAUAAGUUAGUUACAAACUAAGCUUUACCCUCUCCUCAGGAGUUGGCUUCACCUGUGAUAAGAAUUUGGUAUUUUACCCAGAACAA